AUGGGGUCUUCAGUGGGGAUAACGGAAUUUGGCAUGGGCGUUGAUGGAAGAGCGGUUACAUCAUCUGUCGGGAAGAUGUGCGAGUCCCGUCUUCGUUUAUCAAUGUUUUCAACGGAAUACGGUAUUCGAAAAGGUCCCGGCGGUACUUCUUCAGACUUCUCUUUCCCUGUGCUGCUUCCAAAAUUUUCGAUUGACUUUAGAAGAUCUUCUUGCAAAUCUGCAAUUGGUAUUGGUUAUCAGUCGUUCGAUAUGUGCAGUCAGACCUAG